CCCAUUUUGUUCAUCAUUUAGGACAAAUCACACAUUAUGGCAAUCUUGACUACAGCUGAUAAAGAAAAGAUCAAACGUGCCGUGCCCAAGGCAAACAACAAGGUCAUAGAUGCUACUGUAGCCAGAUUGUACAUAGCCUAUCCAGAUCCAACGUCAUGGCAGUAUACGGGAUUGGUCGGUGCCAUAUUGUUAGUUGAUGAUUUGGUAGGACACACUUUCUUUUUAAAACUCGUUGACAUAGUAGGAAACCGCGGAGUUUUGUGGGAUCAGGAGUUAUAUGUUAAUUUUGAGUACAAUCAGGAUCGGAAGUUCUUCCACACUUUUGAGAUUGAAGACUGUUUGGUCGGCCUCUUGUUUGAAGAUACCAACGAUGCAGUUCAUUUCCACAAACGUGUAUCUACACGGGUCAAACACGCACUGAAACAGACUGCAAACAACAAAAAUGCCAUAGCCUUGAAGAAACGGUCUGGUCCCGUUGAAGUGAAGCCUGGUCCCAGAGGAGAAUUCGUGGACGCCAACACGGCUCAAAGAUCCAGACGGACAAAGGGAGUACUCUACUAUGACGAUGUACCACCUCCUGAAUGGCGGUCCUUAUACGCAGAGUUAGAAUCGGCUGGUAUCUCUGAGGAUAUGAUCGCCGAUAACAGACAAUUCAUCAAAGAUUAUAUCGCCCAGCAGGGUGGCCCUCUCGUAGGUCUAGAACCGCCAGUUCCUCGGCGUUACCAGAAGAAGAUCGAGCCCGUUGUAGAAUCAACUCCAACGGCAACAAAAUCGUCUUCUCACAAAUUCUCUCGUAUCGCUUCUGGUGUUUCCAGUCUGAAGAAUAAUAAGGCACCGCCACCUCCACCCCCUCCUGCUGCAGCUUCGGCAGCUGAAGAAUACCUGCCAGCUCCAGAAGUCGUUUUAGAGUUCCUCCUUCUUCUGCUCUACCCCCUCCUACAUUUCAUACUUCUCUUCCUCCCCCAAGUUCUUUCCAAAAUCAGCAGAAUCAGCAGAAUCAGCAAUCUUUUGCUAACCAGCAACAGAAGAUUGGUGCCUCCACCACCACCAAACAGAGGAGCAGUACCUCCUCCACCACCUAACAGAGGUGGAAUGCCUCCACCUCCACCAAACAGGGGUGCCGUUCCUCCACCUCCACCUUCGAGAGUUCCUGGUCCUACACCUCCGCAAAGAACAGGUGCGCCUCCCCCACCCCCUCCUCCAAGGGCCGCUAGAGGUGCAGCUCCACCUCCUCCUCCUUCUAGAACAGCCCGUCCAGCUCAACCCCAACAACUUCCACCUCCACAGUAUCAUCCUCAACCUGGUCCUCCUCCUCCAGUGAGACAACCGAUGCCUCCACCUCAGCAAGCGCUGCAAGUCCCUCCACCACCACCCUUUCCAGGGCAACCACAAGCUCAAAUCCCCCCACCACCGCCAUUUCCAGGACAAGCACAAGCACAGAUCCCUCCACCACCACCAUUUCCUCCACAAACGUCCUCAGCUCCACCCCCUCCACCUCCACCUUUUCCCACUCAGCAGUUCUCUCAACCUCCACCUCCUCCACCUCUUCCUAACAUGGGUGGUGGCGGAGCUCCUCCCCCUCCUCCCCCUCCUUUGCCGGAUAUGGGGACUUCUUCUCCUCCAGAAGCUACAGGUGACGUCGGUAGAGAUGCUCUCUUGGCAUCUAUCAGAGGUGCAGGUAUAGGGGCUCUCAAAAAGACCGACAAGUCGCAGUUGGAGAAACCAAGUGUUCUUUUACAAGAAGCUAAGGGCCAACCUCCCGCUUCUGCAGUUUCGGCUCCGGAAGCUGCCCCUGGUCAACAAGGUAGUUUGGCCGAUGCGUUGUCAGCUGCUCUCAGUAAGAGAAAAGGAAAAGUCGCUCAGAGCGACGAUGAAGACGACGAUGACUGGUAGAGCUAAGAUAUAGCUAGUGAUUCAGUACUAAAGUUCUUUCAAUGUAAACAUAUGUAAAUUUAUAUACUCAGCUGUAGAAUAAGGAGGACAGUUAGUUAUAU